AGCAGGGGCGGACUGACCAUUUGGAAACUCGGGCACUGCCCAAGGGCCCGGGGUCAGUAGGGGGCCCCAUGGAUGCCCCUGGUACCUUUUUCAUAGGCUUUUUUGAGUUUGGGCAAAGGACACAGGGGCCCCAUGAUCCCCUAUUGCCCGGGGGCCCCAUGAGUUGUCAGUCCACCCCUGGCUUCCGCCCUGCAUUCAGCUCUCUGCUCUGAACUGAUCCCUACCCCAUGCCUCCUGGAAGCUGGGAAAUACCAUAUG